AUGGAUAAUGGAAGAUUCUCCUGCUACCGGUCGUAUGUUAAUUCCAAGUUACUCAAAGAAAAUGGUCUGAUUGUUCCAGAUGAUUAUAUAAAAGAUGAAAUGACAGAGAUUUCCAAAAAAUUACUGAAGACUUCAGCCAAGAAAUUCCCAAGAUACAAGGAGCGAACACCAUUACGUCAAUUAGUCAAAAACGACCCAAGUUAUCUGCAAACAACUGCAUCAUGGCUCCACCAUAAUUACGAGAAAUCAAGGCUAUAUUCAGAUGCAUUAGCAAAAAAACUCUUUGCAUCAAGUCUUGAUAAGCUGACUCUCUCAACACCAGAUAUCUCUCUACCAGUUGCAAGGAAAAGUAUAGUCAUCAUUGAAAAACCAAGUACUCCACCAAAGAAAGAAGAUAACGUCUUAACCAAUGCCAUCCAAAUUAAGGAACUUAUAGGGCAGAUGUCAGCUCCAGUGAAUUUUCUGGUGAAUCCUCGAAACCGUCGACUGACAGCAAAGUUCAAGCCUCGAUUACUGACAGAGGUUACUGAAAACAAAAGCUGCCCAAGUUCUGUCUCUCCUGCAGAGGAACAAGGCAAAGAGUCUCCUCUCUUCCUGCCGACCCCUCGGGAAAUUCUCUUUACAGAUUACAGAAGUGGUGAGAUAUACGAGGCCAAACUAGAACUGAAGAAUGUAUCGUCUGUUCUCCGGCCGUGUCGAGUGAUUCCACCAGCAACCAAAUACUUUUUAGUUGGACUCGGCCAAUUUCCUAACGAACAAGGUCUGGUGGCGCCAGGGAUGAGCUGUCUCUACACAAUACGUUUUGCCCCCGACACCCUCGGCUCCUUCAAAGAUGAACUGGAAGUGGUGACGCAAUCUUCAACAAGCAUCAUAGUGCCACUCCUGGCCAAGAGACCACACCCCAUUUUAACUCUUCCGUCUGUCCUGGACAUUGGUUUCUGUCUUAUUGGCUGCAAACUGGUCACCCAUGUGGUUAUAAAGAAUAUUGGAGGAAGUGGAUGCUUUUGUAUGAUGCCAGCUGAUUUGUGGAAUACAACUGCAUUCAAGACGUAUGCCCAGCAAGAACAUAUUACCAUACCUCCCUUUUGUAUUGGACCUGCUACAUUUGGGAUGAGGAAAAAUUUGGUUGGAGUAAUAGAAGUGAGGUUUGAACCUCACAUUGUUGGCAAAUAUAGCUGUAAACUGGCCAUUGUCUGUGAUAAUUGUGAGGUGAAAUACUUUACCAUCAUAGGCCAUUGUCAGAAAGCCAAAGUAAUGUUAGUGGAGCAUGAAGGUCUCUGUUCUAAGCCACUACCAAAUGAAAGCUAUGAUAGUUUGGCCCAUCAUCUUAUCAGGUUCAGAGACACAAAUGUUUUCUCAUUUGAGCAGAAAAUAAUUACAAUAAAGAACUGCACCUGGAUGUUUUUCUUUAAGGAACCACCACUCUUCACUUUGUCACAGGUCGGGGCAUUUUCGUCUCACAGUGCCUCGCAAACAUUUCAGAACUGCCAAGUUGGUUCCUUCGACUGUGUCUGGCAUAUGAUACUUGAAGAGCCACCAAAUCACAAAGAUUUUCUGAGCGAGAGCGUUAUUUUCUCUGAGCGCCGACACUCUGUUCAACUCCUGAAAAAUAUCGAGAGGGAACUCCAGAAACGGAAUCUCUAUCCAUUGGACUAUAUUACAUGUGGAGAAUCAUUGAGAGAGAGCGGUCAAUGA